AUGAGAUCUCUUAAACACCUGAAACCCCAAACUAAGAAGAAUGUGGAGGAGAAGACCCAGAGGUUGGUCAGAUGUUACUCUGAGGCCAUGCACCAGCAGAUGGACGCAGGGACACAGACGGACCCUGUGGUGGUCCUGUCUCUCGCCCAGGCCGCUGUACUUGGACUCAUCUCUCAAAACGAAGUCUUUGGUGCUACCAUAGCACCCAACGGCUUCUACACAGGGGACCCCAAAGAGUCUCCGGCGCCGCCCGGGGAGAGGCUGGAUUACGAGUAUUCAGACCAACUCAUUGGCGCCAAUGGUGACUACCUGGGGGAAAACCUAGGAGAAGAUGGGCACAUGCACUCCAGUUGUGCUGAGCGGCGGUGGCAGGGUCCACACGAAAGUGCCAAACCACCAGGGGGUCACUCAGACACUGGGUCACUUGUCAAAGGAGAAGCUGUGACCCCUGGCCUCCCAUCAUGCACCCACAUGUUAAACAACAUAGUGCCCAGAGAAGGGCCACCAAUGAUAGACCACUCAAAUUACAGGGUUGCUCAUAAACACCAGCCCAACAACUGCUGCUCCCUCUGUGUUCGAGAGAUUAAGAGCACACACACACCAGCAGACACACAUUCGCACCAUCAUACACACAUGCCACAUGAACCCCCAGCCCAUGAGCGAGGCCACACAGGAACACAUCAGAAAUCAGGAGUAGAGGAGGAUGCAGAGGAGGAGGAAGAUGGAAGGAGUAACAUAGCAAAGGGAGGUAGGGAAGAGGAGAUCAGCAGCUACUUCCAGGCAAGUGAGGUGGGCUACGAUGGUGGAGAGAUGGGUGGCGCGGGGGACUUUGAUGAGAGCAGCCAAGGCAUGUUCUGGGGAGAGCACGUAGAGGGCGAGGGCCCCCCCGGAAGAAGGAUCGACAGGCUUGACAUCAACAUACAGAUUAACGAGUCCUACUGUGUGGACGUAGGCGAGGGGUUGAAACGUUGGAAGUGUCGCAUGUGUGAGAAGUCUUAUACCUCAAAGUAUAACCUGGUCACACACAUCCUAGGUCACAACGGCAUCAAGCCCCACGCCUGUCCACACUGCGGCAAACUCUUCAAACAGCCCAGCCACCUGCAGACGCACCUUCUCACCCACCAGGGCACCAGACCACACAAGUGCACCGUCUGCAAGAAGGGUUUCACGCAAACCAGCCACCUGAAACGUCACAUGCUGCAGCAUACCGACGUUAAGCCCUACAGCUGUCGAUUCUGUCGCCGCGGCUUUGCCUACCCCAGCGAACUCCGCGCCCAUGAGAUCAAGCACGAGCGAGGGCGCUGCCACGUCUGCUCCCAGUGUGGCAUGGAGUUUCCGACCUAUGCCCACUUGAAGCGGCAUCAGGUCAGCCAUCAGGGCCCUUCCACUUUUCAGUGUGGCCAGUGCAACAAGUCUUUUGCAUACCGCAGUCAGCUGCAGAACCACUUACUGAAGCACCAAACGCAGAGAUCCUAUUCUUGCAGUCAGUGUGGUCUGCAGUUCCUGCAGCUGCACCAGCUGCGUCAGCAUGCGCUCACACACAAGGUGCUGAAACCUCAGGCUCGCGCUGCUAAGGGAAUGAAAGGGUUUAAGUGUGAUGUGUGUGCCCGGGAGUUCACACUCUCUGCAAACCUGAAGAGACAUAUGCUGAUCCAUGCCAGUGUUCGACCCUUCCAGUGUCACGUCUGCUUCAAAUCCUUCGUCCAGAAACAGACUCUCAAAACCCACAUGAUCGUCCACUUGCCUGUAAAACCCUUCAAAUGCAAGGUUUGUGGGAAGUCUUUUAACCGGAUGUACAACCUCCUGGGCCACAUGCAUCUACAUGCCGGCAGCAAACCCUUCAAAUGUCCGUACUGCUCCAGCAAGUUCAACCUGAAAGGGAAUCUCAGCAGACACAUGAAGGUCAAACAUGGCAUGGACGUUUCGCCAGACGGACAAGAUGCUCCUCCUGACCUGGAGCACCAGGAGGACUAUGAAGAGGAAAACUUUGACUUCAGUGCACCAGAGAAUCUGGACAAUAAUGAUGCGCCAAACCUCACCAAGCUCUCUGAGGUAGCCAUCCAGGAGCUGGACUACUAUAACUUUGGAAAGGAUGUUGGCAGCUACAACACAGCAUGAACACUACUCAGACUAGACUAAUGUUGAAUUAUAUAAAUUAACUAAUAUCCUCUGGCACUUAUUUACUGUGGGUUGGUUGAGAUGGUCCCCUGGAGAUCAAAUGCUUUUUUUUUUUUUUUUCCUUCUUUUUUUUGUGUUGGGACUGACAAGCAAGGAGAAGAUGGCCAUUGUGGCCCUGUCUCCUGGGGACCCAUCUUGGCUCUGUUUCGUGAGAUAGACUGUUAGUUGGCUUCAACAGUCUUUUUGAAAUAUUCUAACAGAGGUCAAAGCUGUAAUGUAGUAUGCUGUGGCUAAUUUUGUUACACUUCAAACUGAGACGCUAAUGCUGUCGAGACGUACUCAACUGCUAAUUUGUCCACAGAGCCUUGAAUAUGCACAAAAUAUGAGUGGAACAUUGGUGGAAUACACAAAAAGGUUUGAAUAUAAGCCCUUUGGGGCAGAAAUGUUUAAGUAUAAGGUGCAUAUAGCCCUGUUUUCUUCAUCUCUGUAGUAACACAGAAUAUGUCAGAGUCAUGUCCAUGAACUACUAACGUGAAUUUCUACAACAUAUUAAAACAUUCAUUUGCAUUGCCUUUGCUGAAAAAAAAAAACCCCUCAGAUAAUAUACAGAUGAGAUGCAGUUUCUAAUCUGUUGAUAAUAAAAAAAAAAUCUGCCCCAUUACUCUUCCACUUGGUCAAGCUGUGUAAAGCAGCCUCUGUAUGAGGAUCCACAUUAUUUGUGUUGACUGAUGUCUGUGUGUUUGUAUAUAGAAGCGAGUGUGUUUCUAGGCCCUGUGUACCAAAGCUACUGCUGUCUAUUGAGUACAGCACUACAUCCUGCCCAACCUCCACCACUGUUGCCAGGACUGAACUUCAUUAUCAAGAACCUUGGGUUUAUCUUAACAUAUUGUUUCUUAGUGGAAAUUACUGUUCCUUUGUACUGAUUGCUAUUUAUUUUGCACUUUUGCUGAAAUCACAUGUAAUUUCAUGAGAGGAGUCUUGAUUUAUCACGUUGGAGAGCGCUGGUCCUGGACUGAACAUAAAGCCUGUCUCAUCUCCUCAGUAUGCUGU